AUGGAAGGUUCUCUUUCACCCCGAGGGCAUAAGCAAAGUCCUCAAAGCCAUGGGCGCAAAUCUGUUUUUGGUGUGACUCAGAAAGAUAUAUGGCUUAUUGUGAAGGAGGGCUGCUUAGCUGAUGUCGAAUUAGCUUUAACUCAACUGAAAAAAAAUGGUGGUAAUAUCAACUCGAGGAAUGCAUUUGGCCUUACUCCUCUUCACAUUGCUACUUGGAGAAAUCACAUUCCUAUCGUGAGGAGAUUACUUGCAGCAGGUGCUGACCCUGACGCUAGGGAUGGAGAAUCGGGAUGGAGUAAUCUCCAUAGGGCUCUUUAUUUUGGCCACUUUGCUGUGGCAGGUGUCCUUCUUCAGUCUGGUGCAUCAAUCUCUAUAGAGGACUUCAAAUCACGAACCCCUAUCGAUCUCCUUUCUGGACCUUUGUCGCAGAUUCUGGGCAAUCAACAUGCUUCAGUUACUACUGAAGUCUUAAGCUGGGGAAGCGGUACUAAUUACCAACUUGGAACUGGAAAUGCUCACAUACAAAAGUUACCUUGCAAAUUGGACGCACUUCAUGGUUCAUUUAUUAAGUUGAUUUCUGCUUCAAAGUUUCAUAGUGUAGCAGUCACUGGCCGUGGGGAGCUUUAUACUUGGGGGUUUGGAAGGGGUGGCCGCCUUGGACAUCCCGAGUUUGACAUUCAUAGUGGACAAGCUGCAGUUAUAACACCAAGGCAAGUGAUUUCAGGCCUUGGUUCUCGACGUGUCAAGGCAGUUGCAGCUGCUAAACACCACACAGUAAUAGCUACUGAAAGUGGUGAAGUUUUUACUUGGGGAUCCAAUAGAGAGGGCCAACUUGGCUAUGCUUCUGUGGACACCCAACCAACUCCUCGGAGGGUUAGUUCUCUCAAGUCAAAAAUAGUGGCUGUUGCUGCGGCAAAUAAACACACUGCUGCUGUUUCUGAGACUGGUGAAGUAUUCACAUGGGGCUGCAACAAGGAAGGGCAACUUGGUUAUGGUACAUCUAACUCGAGCUCCAAUAAUACUCCAAGGUUGGUUGAAUAUUUGAAAGGAAAGUUCUUUAUGGCAGUAUCUGCUGCAAAAUAUCAUACAGUGGUCCUAGGAGCAGAUGGAGAGGUGUUCACUUGGGGUCAUCGACUUGUAACACCGAGACGCGUGAUUAUUGCUAGGAAUUUGAAGAAAAAUGGGAAUGCUUUAAUGAAGUUUCACAGAAUGGAGAGGCUUCAUGUGGUUUCUAUUGCCACAGGAAUGGUGCAUAGCAUGGCUUUAACUGAUGACGGGGCACUAUUUUACUGGAUUUCAUCUGAUCCUGACCUCAAAUGCCAGCAGUUAUGUUAUCUUAAUGGAAAAAAAAUUGUCAGUAUUUCUGCUGGUAAGUAUUGGCAUGGCGCAGUUACAUCGACUGGUGACAUUUUCAUGUGGGAUGGGAAGAAAGCUAAGGACAAGCCACCAGAAGUUACUAGGCUUCACGGUGUGAAAAGGGCAACUAAAGUUUCUGUGGGUGAAACACAUCUACUGAUUGUUGGCUCAACUUAUCAUCCUGCUUAUCCUGUCAAUGCAGUAAAGGACUGUGAAAAUUUAAGCUCUGCUGUAAGUGAUGUUUUGGGAGAGUUGGAUGAGGGAUUCAUGUACAAUGACAUGGAGUCUGACAAUGCUAAAUCUAGUUUGAAAAUGGAAAAUGUUGGUGACAAGGUUGUGCCUAGUUUAAAGGGCCUUUGUGAGAAAGUAGCUGCGCAGUGUUUGGUAGAGCCACGAAAUGCUCUGCAAAUGUUGGAAAUUGCAGAUACGUUGGAAGCAGGUGAUCUUCGGAAGUACUGUGAGGAAAUUGUUAUUCGCAAUUUUGACUAUAUAUUUACAGCUUCAUUGAAUACUGUUGCUACUGCCUCACUGGAAGUUUUAGCUCACAUUGAGAAAGUGCUGGAUGUGAGAUCAUCUGAGUCAUGGAGUCAUCGUAGACUCCCUACUCCAACAGCUACUUUUCCUGCUGUUUUAAACAGUGAAGAGGAGAAUAGUGAUAGUGAGUCUCCAAGAACCAGGGAUAACCUGUCCGUGACUGAUAGUGCAAAGAAAGCUGGUUGUUUCAGAUUAGAUAAUUUUUUGCAACCUAUGAAUGUUACGAAUCAGGAAGUAAGCAAGAAAAUAAGAGUACUGCGGAAAAAGUUGCAACAGAUUGAGGUUCUUGAGGCAAAGCAGUCUAAGGGACACAUUCUUGAUGAUCAGCAGAUUGCAAAGCUGGAAACACGGCUUGCUCUAGAGAGGUCACUUGCAGAGCUGGGUGUUCCUAUUGAGACAACAAUUGCUAAGUCAUCAGUUUCAGUGGUAUCAGAUGGCAAGGUUUCUAAGGCAGGGAUGCCAAAGAAGCAGAAGAGAAAGAGCAGACAGAAGGAAUCUCAGACAGAAGCUUAUUCUGGUACAGAGUUGGAAUCUAACCAUGUGAAGGCUGUCGCGGACCUCAAUUUGUCGAAGUUGACUGAGGGGAAGAUUUCUGCUGAACCUGAAGAUUCAUUUACUAAAGGCUCCCAAAAUCUCUCUCAGGAGAAAGACUCUCCUGGUGUGGGUAUGAGUAAAGGUUCAUUGGUGGUGGGAACGAAGAAGAAGAACAAGAAGGGACUCAAGGGAGGGCUCUCCAUGUUCCUGAGUGGUGCUCUUGAUGAGCCUAGCAAAGUUGUUAGUCCACCACCACCACCGUCACCCAAAUGUGAAGGACCAGCAUGGGGUGGAUCUAAGGUUUCAAAGAUGUCUGCCUCUCUCCGUGAGAUCCAAAAUGAGCAAAGCAAAUUGUUCAAUAAUCUGCCUACUAAAAGUAAAGAAAAACCAGAAGAGCUAGCUGAUAGGACUAGUGGAAAUUUUUUGUUGAGCUCUUUGCUGGCCUCUAACCCAAUUCCAGUGGUGCCUGCUCGCACAACACAGUUACCUGAUGGAGAUAAAAGCACUCCUCCUUGGGCUGCUUCUGGGACCCCACCUCAUCUUUCACGGCCUUCUCUCAGGGACAUACAAAUGCAGCAGGGUAAAAAUCAAUCUGUUGCUCAUAGCCCAAAAACAAAGACAACUGGAUUUGCAGUUACUACUGAUCAGGGGUCACCUUCUGAGUCUGGCGCGCAAAGCCGUUGGUUCAAACCUGAGGUGGAAUCAACAUCUUCAAUCCGUUCCAUCCAGAUAGAAGAGAAGGCAAUAAAGGAUUUCAGGCGCUUCUACAGCAGUGUUAGGAUCGUAAAAAACCAAAGUUAG